GACAGUUGUAACACGCUUGUUUGAAAGUUUGCGUUGUGGUUGCGUUUUGUUGUCGUUUUCAUUCGUGCGGUCGUUUUACCCGUGUUUGGAGUGUUUAGAAUACGCCUCGAUUCUUACGGCUGUCUUCCUAAUAUUUUCGUAUGUUGCGAACGUCGUCUUUGUGUUUAGGAUUGCAUAUGAGUGCGUGACAGCGUCCGGACUCGAGUCGAAACAUGGCCCUCACUCGUAAGGAAGCCGAAGAGCUACGGCCAUGGGUCGACCGGACAGUACACAAGUUUCUCGGCUUCGAGGAACCGACCCUCGUAACGGCUGCUGUGAGCUGCCUGUCAAGCGGCUUUGACAAGGCCGAGACAGCAAGAAAACUGUCGUCGCUGCUGGAUGACGCCAAGGCGGCAUCACUGGCGGAGCAAUUGUUGACCGGUGCCCAAGAGCAGAUCCGCACGAAGCAACAGCGUCAGUCACAGGCGGACGAGGACGGCCAGCGCAAGUCGCGCUUCUCCGAAAUGGCGCCGUCGAUGCUAAGUCAGCCGAGUCCCGGCCAGCUGACCACCCUGCAGAUCCGCGAGAUGAUGGCCAAUGCACAGCGCAUGAUUGAAGAGCGCAAGAAGGCCCUCGGCGGCAGCGUGCCACCCGCUGUGGUGCCUGUGGCCGCUGCCGUCGCGGACAGCCGCAACCGCAUCGCUGAGCUCACUGCCCAGAUCCAGGCCAAGCUGGGCAGUCGGCCCGGUUUCCUUCAGCAGCCUGCUGCAACCCCACCCACUGCUGCCACCCGGCCAACACCCCUCAUUCUCAACGCCGAGGGCCGCACGGUGGACUCAACGGGAAGAGAAAUUCAGCUGGCCCACCACACACCUACGCUCAAGGCAAACAUCCGAGCCCAGAAGCGGGAGCAGUUCAAGAUUCACCAGGAGAAGGUUAGCGAGGACGUGUCAGAGCAGAACUUUUUUGACCUACGGGUCGGGGCAAAGCCAGUACAGCGCGGACGCAGGGCCUUCCGCUUCCACGAGAAGGGCAAGUAUGAACAGCUCGCCCAACGAUUGCGCACCCGGGCGAAGCUGGAGCGCCUGCAGCAGGAAAUUGCCCAGGCAGCAAAGAAGACAGGCAUUUCGUCAGCCACCAAGAUUGCGCUCAUGGUUCCUGCUGCACGUCAGGCCAAGGAGGGCAAAGAUGACGUACCUGACGUCGAGUGGUGGGACACAUUCAUCAUCAAGGGCGAGAGCUACGACAGCGUCAUAGAUUCUGUGGUAUCGGGCGGGGAGCCACUUGAAAACCUACUCGAGGGCGUCACCAACCUGGUGGAACACCCAAUUCAGAUGAAGGCGCCCACCCUGCCGCCCCGGGGUCCACCUCCACUGCCUGUCUUCCUGACACAGAAGGAGCGCAAGAAGCUGCGACGGCAGAACCGCCGUGAGGCCUGGAAGGAGAAACAGGAGAAAAUCCGCCUGGGGUUGGAGCCCCCACCCGAGCCGAAAGUGCGCAUGUCCAACCUCAUGAGAGUGCUGGGCAGCCAGCAGGUGCAAGACCCAACGAAAGUCGAGGCGCACGUGCGUGAGCAGAUGGCCAAGCGGCAAAAGGCCCAUGAGGAGGCGAACGCAUCCCGGAAACUGACCACUGAACAGCGACGGGAGAAGAAACUGCGCAAGCUCAAGGAGGACACUACUCGGGGCGUACAUGUGUCCGUCUACCGGGUGCUAAGCCUGAUGAAUCCUGCGAAGAAGUUCAAGGUGGAAAUGAAUGCCAAGCAGUUGUUCCUGACAGGCUGCGUGGUUUUGUACCGCAACGUAAACAUUGUGGUGGUUGAGGGGGGCCCUCGGCAACAAAGCAAGUACCGUCGACUAAUGCUCAGCCGUAUCAAGUGGUCUGAAGACACCAUACAAGGAGGUGACAAGACUUCGGUAUUUGAUAUGACCCGGAGACCAAAAGGCAAUCAUCGGAGUGGCACACGCAUUCGUCCUCUCGCCAGAAGAAAGCCAGGAUGAGUAAUUCAAAGAUCAAGAUCAUGCUCAUCGUUUUUUUUUUACAUCCACUGACGAGUUUGUAGAACCGGGAACCACUGUGAACUCAAAGUUUUAUGUGGAAGUCCUCAAAAGACUGAAACGCAGGGUUCAAUGCACCCAGCCGGACAUCGCAGACAACUGGAAGUUGCACCACAAUAAUGCGCCGAACCACAGUGCCUUCAUCGUCACCGACUACUUGGUUAAAGCAGGUGUGCCAACGGUCCCCCCCAGCACCCGUACAGCCCGGACUUGGCUCCCCCUGACUUUUUUCUGUUUCCCUGCCUCAAAACACCCCUGAAAGGCAAGCAUUUUGGGACAGUGGAUGGGAUCAAAGCAGCUUGCACCGCAGCAUUAAAGGCCAUUCCGGAGGAGGACUACCGGAACGCAUUCGAGAGCUGGAAGUGUCGCUGGAGCCGAUGUAUCGACGCAGAAGGAGAGUAUUUUGAAGAUUUUUAAACACUUGUAACGAUAAAUUGAAUAAAUGAUUUUUAAUGCCCUUGCUGACAUUACUUUCAGGACAGACCCUGUAAGUUAGCAAGACGGCUCUAGAUUGUCUCACACGGUGGUACACAACUUGAGAGAUUCACACGUUUUAUUAUAGGAGUGCUAUUAUAGGAGCUAUAGGAUGCUACAAAAGCCUCAAUUGUACUGGUGUUGCUGAUUUCUUCUUUUAAAAGAAAGAACAAUAAAGAAAGUUAUUAAAAAUUG